AUCCAAAAGAAUGCCCUUCUAUAUAUGGGGAUUCUACUGGUUAUUUUUGUUCGAGCAUAAUUUACAACAUAUAACUGUUUGAAAUUUCAGCUUCUAGCUAUAUUAUUCUCCAUUUUGUAAGAGAAAAAAAAACUCUUCAUUCAACCAUCUUUUAUUUUAUUUAUUUACUUUUUUCGAGUACAAAGGUCAGAUCGGUUGACCUCGAGCUCUAGUAACAAAUCCGUUCUUUCAUUAUUUUUUUUUUACACAUACCAAAGAGUUGAAAGGUAUAGAAAUAUUGUACAUCAUAGAGUAUCUAGUCAUUCGUUUGGUUUACAUUGGACAGUACAGCACCUUCAACACGUUGAAAAAAAAAAAGAACUACGAUAUAAAUUCUAUUCGAUCCGUCGGAAAACCUAUGUUUUUAUAAUUUUCUCUCAUUUACAAGUAAUAGACAAUUAAAACUCCACAGCUGUUUAUGUUUAAAGAAGACAUUUUAGGUUUGCACCAGUAUGAACGUUUUAAGUCUUUAUGAAAAGCAUAUUCUAGCAGAUGAACGCUCCUUUACUCGUGUGUCAGAGAUCGAGAAGAUACUAAAAUAUAUGGCCUAUUUUCUUCCAGCCGAAUUUCGUACAAAUGAACUAAGUUCUCAAACAAUUUCUUCGGUUUUAUUAUUUUUACAGCAGUUCCAUACAGACCUUUUGUAUCGAAAAAUCUCAGAAUUGCCUGAACAUGAACAAAGAUCACUAAAGAGCGAGCGAACAUUGUUCAUAGAAUAUUUCAACAAAAGAAGCCCCUAUUUUCAAAUAAGUUCCCGUUUGCUAUUCCUAGUUAAUAAUUUGUCCCUUCCAACAGAAAUCUUAACUGCCAAACUUCACCCGUUGCAUCAGUAUGAUACUGUUCUCAGCGUCGAAUCACUCAAAUUAUUGCUUCGUUUGCACUUGAUGUACCUGACAGGUGGACACUUACCUUUCAGAAAUCCCCUCUUGACUAGAGACUUUAAUUCGAGAAACUUUAUCAACAUUUAUGCAACAUACAACGAUCCGAAAAAAUAUGUUACUCUGAAGAAGACUGGGAAAAAAGUACCCAGAUUGCAUUCUGUUCCUUCUAGCUUUCAACAGUUAAAUCAGAGUACGCCAAAACUACAUAACCUUCUAUUACAGAGCUCCUCUUCUCAACCUUUGGGAGCAUUACGUAUAAUUUCCAAUCUUUUACGAGUUUUCCGCCCUUUUAUAUAUAUGCUUUUGACAUGGCAUUGGAAGCGUACACAGCUCAGCGGUAAAUCUCCUCGUAAUAGGCCAUGGCUACCUUGGAUUUUAAGUUUAAUCAUGGAAACAUCUUCACUAUAUCUCAAUUCUAAAGAUUCUAAUAAAUCGAGCAAGUCUUUGCCCAUGCGAGUUGAAGCAAGCUCCAAUCAGUCAGCGUUUAGAGACUAUAUCAUAUGGUCACUUACUCAUGGAAGGUUUUUUGAUGAAUUCACUAGGCAAUGGUUAAAAUAUAUAAUACGUUGGGUUGAUCCUAUUCCUUUUGUUGGACGUUUAUUUAAUGUUUAUUUUAAUGAGAAUGCCUACAGAUUGGAAAACUACGUUUCGUCAGCAAACUUUUAAUCCUUUGUUUUUUUAGGAUUUUUUUCUUAUUGGUGAUAGAGUUCCUUUACCAUCAUUUUUGAAUCUUUCAAAGCUCCAGGCAAUGCAUCUCUCGGUUAUAUGUGCUAUCAUUGAAGAUCCAUACAAAUCUUAUUGAAAAUUCGACAUCAAAACAGCUACUUGUGGCUUAAAAUAUCUUUCAAUUGAAGGAAACUAUUCUUUAGUUACAAAAGAAUGUAUUUUCCUCCUAUGCUAAGAAGGAAUACUCAACGAACUCUUUCAUAUCAUUAGACAGAAACUUGUAAGUAUGGCCUUGAAAGUUGAGCAGUCUUGCUCUCAUGGUCUAUAAUCUGCAUGUCAAGUUAUUCAGUAGCUUGACGCGUAUAUGAACAAGUCAACUACCCUUCCUGAAUACCCUCAAUAGAAUACAAAUACUAAUGAAAAAUAAUAACUGUUGGAAACCCCAAUAUUGGCUAUAUAGUCUAAGACUCGAAAAGGCUGCUGUAUCAAGUUCAGCUAUUUCUGAUUUAUUUUUUUUUUAGCUACAAAACGAAUUCAAAUUAUAUAAAUCUUAUAACUAAAUAACUACAAAGUAACUUUUAGUCAUUGCAAGGAGUCUUUAGAAUGACCACAUAUAGCUUUUG